AUUAUCUGUAUAUAAUUUUUAUGUUAUGACAGUUGAAAGCUGAAAAUAAAACCAGAGACAAAGUCAGGGAGGAUGUUCAUGCUUUGCUGGCUAAAUUGAAGCUUUCCGAGAAGAAAGAUUUUUUACCUAGCAAACUUUCUGGUGGUCAACAAAGAAGACUGUGCCUCGGAAUGGCUCUUAUUGGCGAUGCUAGUAUCGUAAUUCUGGAUGAGCCAACUUCGGGAAUGGAUCCUGAAACUAGAAGAGAUACAUGGGAUAUUAUAUUAAAAAUGCGAGGAGAGAAAACGAUAUUAAUUAGUACACAUAAUAUGGAAGAGGCCGAUAUACUUGGUGAUAGAAUCGCGAUUGUGCAUGCAGGUCGUCUUAGAAGUUAUGGCACUGCAAUGUUUUUGAAGAAACAGUAUG